AUGGUGAGAUACUUGCCAUUUUUUUUUUUGUUUUCUGUUCUUUCGGUCGCUUUAGCAGACCGAGUGUACUUUCAAGAGGAAGGACGGAGAUGGAACACGCCGCCGGAGUUGAUUCCAGUUGGGAGCUCGAGAAAUCAAAAUGAAAAUAAUUCAGACGGACCUCAAGCGAGAUUUUUACCGCCGGGAAUAUCUGCAAGCCAAUCAACGUCAUUUUCCGCAGGACUCGCAGGUAUUUCAGCGUCGGACGCAAAUGCAUUUAAUUUAAACCACCCGAUUUUCGGUGGAAAUUCUGGUAAUUCUGCUAACAGCAACUCUUACUCUUGGGGUGAGGCAAGUUCUUCAUCCGCGGGAAAAGUCGUCAAUAAUCAGGCAAUUACAAACGCUCAAUCAAGCGUUGGCUCAUCAUCCAAUUCCGUUUCGUCGGGUGCGUCCUCAAGUGCUGGAAAUUUUGCUUCGUCUGCUUCAAAUGCUGCUACUUCAGCCAAUACCGAUCAUUCGUCUUGGAGCAAUCGUCCAAAUUACCAAGAUUACAAUCUAAAUAAUCCAUACAACAGGCCACAGCAAGUGAACAACUUUCCACAGAAAUGGGAACAAAAUUUACCGGCAUCGUCAAAUCAAAACUGGUCCCAAAAUCGCCAAGAAAAUAACAAAACUCCAUUGUUGCAAGUAUCAGGAGUUUCGGCAUCGUCAUCAGCCUCGAGUUCAUCGAACGGGUUCUCAUUUGGCCAAUCUUCGGUUGGCAGUAACUGGGGGAGCGACGGGAAACCCUCUUCGUGGGUCAACAAUCGCGCAGAGUCCUCGGGAAAUGCACAAAGUCUCGCUCAAGGAAAUGCAGCGGCCGUGCAACAAACUUCGGAUAAGAUUCACGGGAGUUUCAGCUCUGGCGCGAUUUCUGCGAGCUCUGUCGGAGACGGUCACGUACGAGGAACUUCGCUCUCGGAAAAUCGGGGGCAGUUCAACCGCGGAGAAGUUACGGGUCAGUCUGCUGGCAACUCAGAUAUCCGCGGUACCGCAAACGCUGGAACGGUGUCGCUUAUUAAAUUUUCCGAUAAUCCAUCAACCCCUAGGGAAUUUAUUGGCAGUAAAUUUGAUGGUAAUAGUGGGCAAUUAUCGAGACGAAGGCCGAAAAUGAGGCGCAGAAAUCCUGUUGAUAGAUUUUUGACAGAUAUUACUGACACUGUUGUUGAUUUGUUUGAUAUUUAA